AUUAUUCCCACUUACUUUAGUACUUAUUUUACGUACGAGUAAAAAAGUAUAUGGGUUAUAAUUGAUUGAGAAAUAAUAAAAAUUCAAAGAAUUGAAUAGCGAUAAAAGCACAAGGAAACUUGAAACUUUUAGUCAGCAAUGUUAAUACUGAAUUUAUCGGACUCAAAAGUGGCACGAACUCAGUCUUGCAUUGAGCUUCGACAAGAUUAGCUGGACGUUAUGGAGAUCGCAUUUCAUUCAUUGUUUCGUAUAUUGACAACUUGGCUGCUAAUAUCAUCAACAUUUGGUGACAUUGCUCUUCAACCAGGCUUCGAUCAACCGUCACAAUUUAGACAUUUAUCUCCAAAUAUACAGCCAAAUCACUAUCAACCCGGUUUUCAACCUUAUCAACUCUAUCAUCAGCCUUAUUAUGGCCAAUUUGGACAAAUGCCUUAUAAUUUUCAAUCUAUGUCGUCUCUGUCGUGGCCAUAUCCUUGGAUGAUGAAUUAUAGACCAUACCAAUCAUCUGGACAACCUGGAAUACUUGGACCAUCACCAAGUUUUCCAACUGCUCCAAAUCAAUUUCAACCACGUGACUUAAAUGCUGAAUUUCAACGAAAUAGAGAACUCCAGCAGAAAUUAAGUGCACAUAUAAGUGGACUUUCUCAAAGCAACUCUGCACAAUUACCCCAGCAAGCUAUGCCUUCAAUCUAUCCUAGUCCAAGUGUUCCUCCUUAUCCAUUUUAUCCCAAUAACUUACGGAUUUACAGAUCUCUUCCGAUCUUUCAAUCUCAAGGCUAUCAAAUUAUUAGACUGCGAGAUCUUCAAAAUGCCCAACAACAAGGUUCCUGGUCUAACCCUGUGGAUUCCGGACUCAAUUCUGGGCUCAACCAACAAACACAUAAUUCGCAACAUCACGAAAUGGCCACGAACUCGACCAUAGAUUUAUCUCAACUUGAAUUGACUACUCCAGAAUUUAGUAAAAAAGUUGAUGAUGAUAUUGUAGGAUCUCCACUUCAAAUAUAUAAAUCACAAUCAUCACUUAAUGAACAGCACCAUCCUGUUGAAAUGGUGAAUAUUCCAGAUAAUUUAUACAUUUCCAAUAACACUAAAACACAUGGCAACAUAGAAAUCAUGAAGACAAAUCCUCAAAAUUUUUCAAAGAUUGUUAGUCAAAUAAACUCACAAUCUUCUGAUGAAAAUGGAAAUUUUUCUCAAGACAGUUCUCAAAAAAUUGAAGAAGAAGUCAGUUAUGUUGGAUAUUAUACAGAUAAGCCUACAAAAGAUAUUUCAGAAGAAGUAAAAUCACAAUCGAUUCAUCAACACUCUACUCAUAAGGAUUAUGCAAUAUCAUCUAAAGCUAAAGGCAAUGACAGACCUAUCACAAACAUUCAAUAUCCUUUCUUCAAUGGAAGAAUUAAUUACAAUCAACCACAAGUAUUUGAAGUUGGAGUAAGUCCUCAUAGUCGUUAUGUUCCCCAAAUGGAUUCAAUAAAUUUACAGACCUCUAAGAUUCCAGCAGAGUCUAAUUAUCAAUCGAAAGCUGCUAACGACUUCUAUAAUUCUUACAAAAACUAUCCUUCACUUAACGUAUUGGCACCACCAACAUUUCCUUUUACUGCUUAUAAUCUUGAUAAUUCAUAUAACACUGCCACAAAUACAGUUAGCAAAGAAUCAGCUCCAUGGCAAUCAUCGGGUUUAUCAACUACAGGAUAUGUUCCAAAUCGGAAUAAUUUUGGAACUAAUUAUUAUCAAUCGUAAAAGUAAUCUAAUUAUUUUUAGCCUAAGAAUAUAAUUGAUUUAUAUAUGAUAGAAUUAAUUACUAUUGAGUUUAGUAUUUUUUAUAUUUCUAUUAAAAUAGUUUAUUAUUUGUUUUAUACUUCAUCAAUUUAUUGUUUAUGUUAUGUUAUUAUUGUCAUCCACAUUCCAAUGUGCAAAUAUUUUCACAUAGUGUAAUUAAGUUGGUCCAUUUCUAUGUUUUGUUCGUACUAUAUUUAUUAUUGAUGAUGUAACGUCAUUAAAAUCCUUAUCGAAUUCCGUCCACUGGUGAUAAUUAGAGCAAUGAAUAAUAAAUAAUCAUUUAUAUAA